UGUGCACGAUAUCCGCCACCGGCGGCAGUGUCGUUCCCGUGGUUUCAUGGGACGACGAGGAGAGGGUGUGGGGCAGGACGGUACGCCCGGAAUUCUUGAGACAAAGUUCACCAGAGGCGCCCGUCCCUGUUGCAGAGAGUAUUGGGUCCGGCCGUGGCACCGAAUCGCAGGAUGCUGACUCAGCUGCUCUUCAGUCGAAGCCAUUGCCACAGGGAGACGCCGAGGCUGCCGUGGCGCAACACGACCACCAAGCGGGAAACAAUACCAGCACUCCAACAGGCAGUGAGAGGGAAGCAGCACCGGCCGCCUCUGGCGAUAACAACAAUUCGCCUACGGCCGCUGUUGCAGGAGCAGGCGAAUUUGAGACAACGCACAGCGAGGAUUUCUUCACUACGGAAGUGGAAAGCCCGAUGGGGGAGGAAGAACAAUCCGCGCCGGAGGAGGGAGCAAACUCAACAACCCUGCAGUCAAGGGAAACCACUGGAGAUGGGGAUGCGCAGCCAGUACAAGAGAGCAUGGCGUCUCUGGCUGGAAGUGAGGGAUUGCUGCCCAAACAAAGCGAGGCCCCUGUUCCAGAAAAUAGCCACUCCGAAUCCGGGAGCGGCGCGAGCCAAGAGGACCGCCUUGCCCUGCUCAACGACGCGAAACUGAUGCUGCAUGAUUGGAAUGUCGACAGUACUGCGCGUGUGUGCGUGUCUCGGGUGUCGAUGCUUCUUCUUCUGGGGCUGUGUGGAGCUGUGGCAGCAUUGUGA